UUCUCAGAGGCGGAAGAAAUUACUAUCCAUUGACAAAUAAAAAAAAUCCUCAGCAGGUAUUUUCGCCUAUCCUUUGAAAAGCAUCGAAAAAGUUUAGGGUUUCCUUUUUUCUCGCUAAUUGAAAUUGCCCUCUGGAAUUGAAGUAUGGGAAAGAGGAAAUCAAGAGCAAAGCCAGCUCCUAAGAAGCGAAUGGAUAAGCUUGACACUGUUUUCAGCUGUCCCUUUUGUAACCAUGGAACCAGUGUUGAGUGCCGCCUUGAUAUGAAGAACUUGAUUGGCGAAGCCUCUUGCAGGAUAUGCCAGGAAAGUUUCAGCACCGUUAUAACAGAUACAGCGAGUGGAUCGACGAAUGUGAGCGGGUUAACAACCUUGAAGAUGAUGGAGAUCAGGAUGAAGGUUAUGUGCCUAGAAAACGGGUUUCAACGUCUGAAUGGGAUUAGCAGUAGCCAGGAAUGUUUUAGAACUUGCUACGCCUGUAAUUAUGCUAGUUUCUGGGGGGAAUAGUUGGUGUGGGGGUAAUCUUUGCACAUGUAACAGCAUCUCAUGAUGAAUAGCCUAAGUUAUCGAUUCUGGUAAGGGAGCACUUUGUCGAAGGGCUAUUAGCUAUUGUUUCGUGCUGUAUGAACCAAUUUAUUUUGAUGUAAUGCAAUUACUUUAUGC